AAUAUUUUGAAAACAAUUGCUCUGGGUCAGAUGUUGUCCUUGUGUAUAUGUGGGACAGCCAUCACCAGCCAGUAUUUGGCAGACAAAUACCAAGUGAACACCCCAAUGCUUCAGAGCUUUAUCAACUAUUGCUUGCUGUUUCUAAUUUAUACAGUGAUGUUGGCAUUUCAAUCAGGCAGUGAUAACCUUUUCUAUAUCUUGAAAAAAAAAUGGUGGAAGUACAUCCUCCUGGGACUAGCAGAUGUGGAAGCUAAUUACCUGAUUGUCAGAGCAUACCAGUACACGACUCUAACCAGUGUCCAGCUUUUGGAUUGCUUUGGGAUUCCUGUGUUGAUGGCUUUCUCCUGGUUUAUUCUUUAUGCAAGAUACAGAGUGAUCCACUUCAUCGCUGUGGCUGUCUGUCUGUUGGGUGUAGGAACUAUGGUUGGUGCAGACAUAUUAGCAGGGAGGGAAGGCAAUUCAGUUAAUGGUGUGCUCAUUGGUGACGUCUUGGUCCUUCUUGGGGCUUCCCUCUAUGCCGUUUCUAAUGUGUGUGAAGAAUACAUCGUGAAGAAGCUGAGCAGACAGGAGUUUUUAGGAAUGGUGGGAUUAUUUGGAACAAUUAUCAGCGGCAUACAGCUAUUGCUUGUGGAAUUUAAGGAUAUUGCCAGCAUUCACUGGGACUGGAAAAUUGCCCUGCUGUUUGUGGCAUUUGCCCUCUGUAUGUUUUGCCUGUACAGCUUCAUGCCACUGGUAAUUAAAGUUACUAGUGCUACUUCUGUCAACCUGGGCAUCCUGACAGCCGAUCUCUACAGCCUUUUCUUUGGACUCUUUCUCUUUGACUAUAAGUUUUCAGUGCUCUACAUCCUGUCCUUCACCAUCAUCAUGGUGGGCUUUAUUCUGUACUGCUCCACCCCCACGCGCACGGCAGAGCCCGCUGAGAGCAGCGUGCCAUCCAUCACUAGCACCGGAAUCGACAAUCUGGGACUGAAGCUUGAGGAGAACCUCCAGGAGACCCACUCUGCAGCCUUGUAGUUAGAGAAGAAGGUGCCCACGUACACCUGAGCCUUCCUGGGAAACAGGGAGCCGUCACCAGGAUAAAGCAGAGCCUGCUGACUGCUGAGGGGACACUUGGAAAAUGAUCAGUCUCAGGGCAAACACUCCAUAGCAUUGGACUGGAUCCAGUGGUUAGGUUUUACAAAGGAAUUCAAAAUAAUGUAUCAAAAGUAGAAAUACCAAAAUAAAGCAGAAGCCAAGGCCAGGAUUGUGCUUCUGUGUGUUUGAGGACCAAUACCUGUUAGUGUCAGGAGACAAGGUGUGGGCCCCAUUCUGGGGCCUCUGAGACACAGGUGGGAAAGCAGGAUGGGGCGGAUACCCAGGCAUGAGCCAGCCUCAGGACAGGGCCUGAAAGCGGGCUGCCCAGGCCUGGUGGGGUGAUCAGGAGAAGGGGCAGUCCAGGGUGGCUUGAGAGUAGAUUUCCUCAGUUGGAGGCUUCUGAGUUUGGUCCUUCUGAGGCUGUCAUUGUCCACAGGCCACAGAUGAGAUCUGGGGACUGAUUGCAUAUGGCAGGAAAAUGGGUGGGGCAGCGCUAGAGAAAUCCUGAGAUACAAAUGUGAGUACCAUAGAAGCAUUAAAUGGAGUGCAUUAAACCUAGGAACCCUCUCUCAGUUGUUAAAAAUAUUUUACCAAAUGUUUAUGUCCAUGAGAUUUUUACGAUAUGUCUUCAAUACAAAGUGUUAAUAAGUAACAUCAUUGUAUCAAUUAUCAGUAUGCCACUUUAUAAAGACUCUGUAUGUAAACUUUUUCUUUUUGUAAAAAUAUAAUAAAGAAAUUGAGGGUAAGUGUUCAUAUUAUUAAAAGAUUUUGAUUUCAUGGGACUACA